GGCGGUUGCUCGCCAUUUUGAGAGACUCCGACGGAAGACCGAGGGUUUUCUGGCUCUGUGACCAGAGAGGCCGGAUGGUGAAAUCCUCUCUCCAACGGAUACUCAAUAGCCAUUGCUUUGCCAGAGAGAAGGAAGGAAAUAAAAGAAGCAGCACCAUGCCUCUUCUGAGUAUUCCCAGUAAUAGUAGUGAAAGUUCCAGGGUUUCUUUCAAUUGCUGUAGUAACCUGGGUCCCGGGCCUCGGUGGUGUUCCGAUGUCCCUCACCCACCCCUGAAGAUCCCAGGUGGGCGAGGGAAUAGUCAAAGGGAUCACAAUCUUUCAGCUAACUUAUUUUAUUCUGAUAAUAGGCUGAUUAUUACAGAAGAUCUUGCGUCCAAUAACCGGACCCGAGUUCUUAAUGUCCAAUCCAGGCUAACAGAUGGCAAGCAAGUGGACUGGAGAGCCGUGUUAAACAAUAAUAACCUCUAUGUAGAAAUACCGACCGGCACACUCCCUGAUGGGAGCAAAGAUAGCUUUGCUGUUCUGUUGGAAUUUGCAGAGGAGCAACUCCAAGUCGAUCACGUCUUCCUCUGUUUCCACAAAAACAGGGAUGAUAGAGCUGCACUCCUCCGGACUUUCAGCUUCUUGGGCUUUGAGAUUGUGAGACCUGGACAUCCUCUUGUCCCUAAGCGACCCGAUGCUUGCUUCAUGGCUUACACGUUUGAAAGAGAUUCUUCUGAUGAAGAUUAGAAACCUGCAAUGUUCUGCAACUUUUUAGAGCUUUUUUUUUUUUUUCGUUAGUCUGAGUUGUGAAAUGUUGUAAACAUCUUCUUUUUUACUGAUGUGGUUACUGGACCUGGGUGGAGCAGGUAGUAGGGGGAAAGAUGUUGAAGUUUUCAGACGGAUCUUUUCUGAGUAAUUUUUUGCAUGUUUGAUGUUGAAUAAAUGCGCACUCCAGAUUACUGCUACAUCA